ACCUGAUGCUCGUCUUUCAAACGUUCCAUUACACAACACGCCAGCACUGUUGAUAGAAGUGAUGACAACGACACAACUACAAAUAUGAAUGCCGAAAUAAGAGAAGUUAAAACAGUAGACAGUACUAGAAAACACGAAAAUGAUAAUGGUCUGAAAAUAGCGGAAAACCAUAUAGGAAAUAACGGGGUGAACGUCUCUAACAAUAGUGAAAACGGUAAUGUGAUUAUAAGUGACAAUGGAGAUCAGAAAAAACAAAGUAGUGAAGAGGAAUCAAAAGAGGGAACUGGAAACAAUGUAAAUAGAAACGAAGGUGAAAAAAGUAACACUAGUUCAAAGAUCAAACCCGACAGGAAAAAAAGCAGAAGUGCUGCGCAGGCUGAAGACUUAAAUGCUGUUGGUGAUGGAGCUGAAGUGAAAAAAGAAAAUGGAAGUCAGCAGACCCCUCCAACUAAAAGUGUUAGAAGAAAAAAAAUUGUUAGGAGCAAUACAGUUCCUAAUGAUGUUCUAUAUGAUUCCCAAAAUAGCCUCAAUGGCAGUAAAAUGUUCAGCUGGCUCAACAGAGCCCCCGAGGUUCGCCCAGAAUGCUACGAAAACGUCAUCGAAGGUCUCAAAAGCAUCUACAGGAACAAGAUGCUGCCUCUGGAGCAGCACUAUCUUUUCAACGAGUUUCACUCUCCCCCUUUGAAUGACGCGGACUUCGACGCCAAACCUCUGAUAUUGCUCGUGGGGCAGUACUCCACCGGGAAGACGACCUUCAUCAAGUAUCUGUUGGAGAGGGACUUUCCGGGAAUGAGGAUUGGUCCAGAGCCUACGACCGAUAGGUUCAUUGCCGUCAUGUAUGGUGAGAAUGAAGGAGUGAUCCCUGGAAAUGCUCUGGUAGUGGAUCCCAAAAAGCAGUUCAGACCUUUGUCUUGUUUCGGUAAUGCUUUUUUGAACAGAUUUCAGUGCUCUUUGUUGAAGUCAACUGUACUGAAAGGCAUGUCCAUCAUAGAUACGCCUGGGAUAUUGUCAG